AUGGAUCAAGCACCUCGAAGACCUAGUAGAAGAAGCAUGCCAAAAGCUGUCUGCUUCAACCCUGACGUUCGUGUGAGAAUCGUCAAACCAUUGCACUAUAGAGCCAAACGCUCGGAUCUUUGGGUUUCAAGGGAAGACUUGAAACAAAAGAGAGCAGAGUUUCAUGGAAUCUUGGACUGUCUGACACUUGAUUCGUCUUUCUACGAAGAAGGAGGAUACUUUCUGUUAGGGCUUGACUCCAAGAAGGAUCAAGAACUCAAGUAUCGAAACGUAGUAGAUUCGAGGUAUGCGGUACUGAAAGAGCAACGCCAUCAGACUGCUAGUUCGCGGUGGCACUGUGGCGUUGGUUCCAGCACCAUGUCAGACUGCAUCUCGGAGUCUUACCAGGAACACACUCAAGAAGCCUCCAAUGUUGCACGGUUCACUGCCGUGCGGUUAGAAGAGGAACUAAAUGCAGAGGAGAAACAAACCGAAUCGGAAAUCAUGUCCCUUCGUGAAGUAAAGACACUUUUGAAACGAUCGAGCUCGCACCGUACGAACUCUCUGUCCGUGUCAUCCCGAUCCAAUUCCUUCCAUGAUUUCAUGGAUAUUUGGAUAAAGGAAGUUGACGAGGCUGGGGACGACUCAAGCGGGGACGAUUGGUCUGUUGGCUCUUUCAGCUCGGAUGAUGAUGAUGACAUAUUCGGAAAUAGCAUGGAAAUCCCAAUACGCGAAACUGACAGGAGUAAUCUGAAACGGUAUGCUUUUCCGAAGCAAGACCAAGUGGACGAUACCCAGUCCACAGCAGAUUCUAGCGUUUGGAGUGUGGACAUUUCCACUGAUAACGAUGACGAUUUCUUGGCCCAGGCACCAUCAGUGGAAUCACCACGCAAUGGAAAGUCGUUUCUUGCCAAGGAACACACCCCGCAAGGGAGUGACAUAUUCGUUCCUACAUUUUCUCAACCUUUGCCGAAACAAGCGCCAUCACCAAAAAAUGCAAUUGCUGCUUGA